UGUCCAAGAUGGCGUCUGUUGUUGGCUGUGUUUUCUCUCCGAGCUCUGACAGGAAUGAACUGGGUUUUAAAAUAAAUAAGAUGUUUUAAAAGAGUACUCGAUAGGGCCCGACGAUCCUAGUGCAUUUGUGUUUUGUGUCUGUCGGUUGUAGCGGCUUCUGUUUUGUUUUAGAGUGCUGGGAUGCUCAGAAAGUUUUGAUUUGUUGUGAACUAUGGCACUUCGCGAGUUGAAGGUUUGUCUGCUUGGGGACACUGGGGUUGGUAAAUCAAGUAUUGUUUGGAGAUUUGUGGAAGAUAGCUUUGAUCCUAAUAUCAAUCCAACUAUUGGGGCAUCCUUUAUGACGAAAACUGUGCAGUACCAGAGUGAGCUACACAAGUUCCUCAUCUGGGACACAGCCGGGCAGGAGCGGUUCCGGGCUUUGGCACCAAUGUAUUACAGAGGAUCUGCUGCUGCUAUCAUUGUGUAUGACAUCACAAAAGAGGAGUCUUUCCAGACACUGAAGAACUGGGUGAAAGAACUGAGACAGCAUGGGCCUCCCAAUAUCGUUGUUGCAGUCGCAGGAAACAAAUGUGACAUUGCCGAUGCAAGGGAAGUGCUUGAAAAGGAUGCCAAGGACUACGCAGAUUCCAUCCAUGCUAUCUUUGUGGAAACAAGUGCCAAAAACGGCAUUAACAUUAAUGAGCUCUUCCUAGAAAUAAGUCAGAGGAUUCCAUCUGCUGUUUCCAGUGCUGGAGCAGGAGGCAAGGGAUUCAAACUUAGGAGGCAACCAUCCGAGACCAAGCGCAGAUGCUGCUGAAGUCUUCCGGAAGCAGAUCCGUGGUGACCCCCACGCAACCCGGGGCGUUGUAAAGCCAUCUCCACGUUUAAAAGCCUCUGUUUCACAAUGUCUGCAAAGAGCUCUACAGUAUUUAAUCCUUCAUGCUUCUCAGGAGCCAUCGACACAAGAUCCCAACAAGCAAACUGAUUCGUCUUCUGUCCCAGGAGAAAAGAUUUGUAGAAUUCUGUUUUUAUCUAUAAGUAAUUGUCCCUCGGUGUUGUACAUGGCUUGUGAAGUCGAGGCUUAACAAGCUUCUGAAAACGGAAAUGCAGGUUUGUUUCCCUCAUCCCAAUAGUGUACCAGGUUUAGAUCCAGCUUUUCUCAUGUCGAGAACAACGAGUACGCUAUAAGACUGCUAACGCCUUUUUACAUGAAAUAACAAAAAGAAAAACGCGAAAGCAUUUUAAAACAUAGCCCCCGUUCAGUGCUUCUAAGCUGAAACCCAGUCCUGGUACCAGAACGCAUCUGGGCGUUAUUUGACAGGGAGCUGAAAUGCUUUGCAUGUGUUCUGAACUCCACAAAGGACUGGGAUCGGACUGAGACUGGAUUUCUUUUGUUGAGAAGAAAGAAAAAAACAUGACAAGAUGGUAACUUCAUUGAAUUGUGCCAAGACUGGUAAAUCCUUUAAGCUGAGCAGUGUUCUUUAUAGAUGUAGACAAAGUAUUUGUAUGUUGAUGCAAAAGGGGAAUGUAAUGUAAUGUAAGCACUUUUAAACAUGCCAAUUAAUUAUUUUAAACUCAAACUUAAACAGGCUCUAGCCCUCCCACACUAGAUUGCAUGAGGAGCUUCGAAGUGUCCUGUAGGAGUUUGUGUGCAUGUGAACUCCUGAGCGAUCCUGAAUGUACUGGACAUGCCUACACUGGGUGGUACUCCUGUCGUAUUGUAUUCACGCUUUCUAGUGUUCCACAUGCAGGAGCCUCCUUUCUCUCUUAAAUAACCCAGGAGUCUUUAUAAUAUCUGUUGCCAACAUGUUACCAUCAAGUAAUGAGAGGAGUCGCUGGAGAAAAUCACAAAGAAAGUGUUUGGGCAUUUCAGGGUUACCAUUCCCUCUCCUGGGUAUUGGUUUUUAUUUUCGACGUUCCUGGUUUUACUGUGGGCUUAAUAAGACACACCUGGGCUUGUUACCUGUACAUUGUGGCUAAUCAAGCUCCUAUUAAAACCUGGAGUGAGUGAAACAGCUGUGCAAUAGGAGUUUGAUUUCCAUCCCUGUCCUAAUACUAUGAAGUAUUUGACAGUGUGGUUUGAUUGUUUGUUUUUUUUUUCCGUGCAGGAUAUUUGGCAGCCCUGUCCUUUACAAGACCGGCAGCCUGGAGCUGCAGCGCUGUGUUCUCCAUUUCACUUUGUUCUGGGAUGAUCGCACUUUGAACCCCUGUGGAGCUCUUUAACUGAAUAACAACCUCGCGGUUAAAAGUGUUGCCAGCCCAAUUCAUAGUAAGCAUUCAGACUAAUACCAGGGUUUUAAAAAUCCACUUUUACCCAUUGUAUAUGCAUUGGCAAGCCUAGCCUCAGAACACUGGCUGUUUUUUUGUUCAUUUACUGAGAGGUGGGGCCAGUCCCUUAAUUGUCCUGUAAACUUUAUUUUUUCAUUUUAUUUUAUUUUUUAACUAAAAAAAGUGUCGGCUUUUAGUUCCAAUCCAAAUAGUUUUUGAUACUGGCAGGGGAUAAAAAACAAAACCAAAACGAUAAAAUGGCUUGGGAAGAAAAAUAAUGGUCUUGGACUGGACAUCGCAUCAAAACUGUUUUUUUUUUUUUAUUAUCUUCACCGCCCGAAAACACUAAAUUAAAAUCGGCUUCAAAAAAACUCGCUGAAACGCCUGUCUCCAUGCUUGCAUUCCUCCUUCACUGCGUGCUUUGAGGUUGGCAGACUAUUAUUACAGUUUCUUAUACUGUGUGAGACAUGCGAUGAAUCGAUCGUUCAUGUGAUUCAGAACGAUUCCCCCUUUUAAUUUCGUGAAAGUGAAGCUGCGAUUGUCCGCAGUUCACCUGCCAAAUAAAACACGGCCUUACUGUCGCUGAGUCGACGGUACGUGCAUGCCUCUCAGAGAGCAGAAUGUUAGAUUUGUUGGUUUUUACUGUCGCUGAGUCGACGGUACGUGCAUGCCUCUCAGAGAGCAGAAUGUUAGAUUUGUUGGUUUUUACUGUCGAUGGUACGUGCAUGCAGGACUCCCAUUUCUUUGGAUGGUAAUGGCCAUUUUCUGCAAAUUGCUACGUUAAAAAUAAGAGCAGCGUAUUAUUCUAACCCAAAUAAAUACGGAUGAGCAUUGACUCCUUUUUUAUUGCAUCUAACUAUUAUUAUUAUUAUUAUUAUUAUUAUUAUUAUUAUUAUUAUUAUUCCAAGUUUAAAAGUGAUUUGAAUUGGUCAUUGAAUUGAUCAUUUUUAUAUGAUGGGGGCGAAUAGGGAUCUUUUGAUUUUGAUUUGAUCCUCUUUUGACUUCUCUCCUGCUGUGACAAGUUUUAAACGGUGUGGUUUAUCAUGUAGAAGUGCGAUGGUACUAUUGAAUUGUGCUGUUGUGGCAAUGUCAUGUUCUGUGCCUCUAUAUUGUAGCCUGUACAUUAAACCGCUUUGAGCAGUGCUGCGUGCUGUAACUGACGGCUGCAGCUUCAAUGCAUGAAAUCCAGCACUAUCACUUGGAAUUAUUUAGCAUUGUAGUUUAGGAGAGUAUGCCAGUCUUCAGUGAAAACGAGUGAGUUUUCUUAAAGGUCCUUGGGCUGGUCCUGAGACAAUGUAGUACUAGAAGUCUUAUUGUUUUAAUUGUAGAUGCCAUGCAAAAACUAUUCAUAAAACAACAUGUGAUGAAACCCUAUUUCUACAUUAAACGGCUAUGUAUCAUUAUUAGUUUUUACAAAGGCACGACAACAGAAAGAUCUUUCCUUAACCUCACCUAUAUGUUUUGUCAUACUGAGCUGUAAUAUUUUUACAUACUGUACCAAUUGUAAAAAACAAAAAAAAAAAAAAAAAAAAAAAAAAAAAACGCUUGAAAUCACUGCGUUUACUGUGUAUUUCUGAAUGUGCAAAAGGGAAGUGUUAAACCAUUUACUAAUAAAUCCAUUUGUAAAAUCCA